ACUAUCGAAUCGGAAACUUCUAUAGUAAAAAAACCAGUUAUUACAUUUAUUACAUUAGUAUGUUAUGAUCGAUUUGAAAAGCCACAUAAAAAAUUGGAUAGUGUAUUAGCUAUUCCAUAUGAUAUUGAUAAUAUAAAAGACUUUGGAAGCAUUGAAAAGGAAAUUUUAUUAUGUACUCUUCCCAAACAAUGGGGAAAGAUUGAGCUUGGCCAUAUUUGCUAUCAACUGUCUAAUACAUCUAAAGCUAAUCAUUAUGAUUUGAAAGCAGAUGGUGCAAUUGUAGCAUUUAUUAAUGAAAUAAAAUUUAAAAAAAAUAUACAGUUAUGUGUUUAUCAAGAUACUGAAUCUUAUAGAACUAAUAAAAGAAUUCGUGUAA